GCCCCGCCCCCGCCCGCGGCCGCGCGGCGUCGCCGUCCGGGUAUUUGAACGGCGCUUCCGCCAUUUUCCCUGCGCCGGCACGGAGCGAGGAGCGGGAGAGCCUCGGCAGAGACGCAGCAUGGCCGCCCAAGGAGAGCCCCAAGUGCAGUUUAAGCUUGUUCUGGUUGGAGAUGGUGGCACUGGUAAAACAACAUUUGUAAAGCGUCACUUGACUGGUGAAUUUGAAAAGAAGUAUGUAGCAACGCUGGGUGUUGAAGUUCAUCCUCUGGUGUUCCAUACCAACAGAGGCCCUAUUAAAUUUAAUGUAUGGGACACAGCUGGCCAGGAGAAGUUCGGUGGCCUGCGUGAUGGCUACUAUAUCCAAGCUCAGUGUGCCAUCAUCAUGUUUGAUGUAACAUCAAGAGUUACUUACAAGAAUGUACCUAACUGGCAUAGAGAUCUGGUACGAGUAUGUGAAAAUAUCCCUAUAGUGUUGUGUGGCAACAAAGUGGAUAUUAAGGACAGAAAAGUCAAGGCAAAAUCCAUUGUGUUCCAUAGGAAGAAGAAUCUCCAGUAUUACGACAUUUCAGCUAAGAGUAACUACAACUUUGAGAAGCCUUUCCUGUGGCUUGCUAGGAAGCUAAUUGGAGAUCCCAACUUGGAGUUUGUUGCCAUGCCUGCGCUCGCGCCUCCUGAAGUUGUUAUGGACCCAGCACUGGCAGCACAGUAUGAGCAAGACUUACAGAUCGCUCAGACCACUGCACUGCCAGAUGAAGAUGAUGACCUGUGAGGGAUGAAGCUGGAGCCCAGCGUCAGAAGUCUAGUUUUAUAGGCAACUGUCCUGUGAUGUUGGUGAUGCAGCGUGUUUGCCACUUUAUUAUCUAGCUGAACAGAACAUGUGCUUAAUCUUUGGGAUGCUGAAAGAGAUGAAUGGGCUUCGGAGAGUGAAUGUGGCAGUUUAAAAAAAAAACAAACAAAACAAAAUGAAAAAAAAAACCAAAACAAAAAACCUUCAUAUUUUGGACCUGCAUAUUUAGCUGUUUUUUGGACUGCAAUUACUUCCCCUCUUGAGUUUCAAAUAUAAGGCUGCUGCAGUCACAUCAGAGUGUUAAGUGGAAAAUCUUGUUUCUGUCAUUCCCAUUCUUUUGUUUAGGUAAUAAAGUUGUAUUUCAAGUAUCUCCAAGCAAGUGAACUUUCAUGCGUUGUUA